AUGGCUACCGACCAAGAAGGUUCCCUGGUCUUGCCUGACGGGACGAAGCUCUAUACUAAGACGUGGAAGCCCGAGGGGACUCCAAAGGCCAUUAUUGCGUUUUAUCAUGGGUUCAGCGAUCACUCCAAUUCCUGGUACCAGUUUUUCCCCAAUCUGGCCUCGUCUGGAUUCGAGGUGCACUCGCUCGACCAGCGAGGAUGGGGCCAGUCUUCCGCCUCAAACCGCAAACUGCGCGGUGACUACGGCACCACAGACGUCGUCAUGGCCGACCUGCACUUCUUCCUACAGUCCCUGGUGCCAUUCACGCAACAGGGCUCGAUCCCACUGUUCCUGAUGGGACACAGCAUGGGCGGUAUGAAUUCGCUGUACUACGCGCUCAACCCAGAGUCGCCUUACCAUCGUAAUGCUGCCACAACAAGGGAAUUCAAACUGGCCGGCGUGGUGUCGAUUGCACCGCUCGUUGCGAUUCAUCCAACCACGCAACCACUCAAGAUCAUCGAGUAUGCGGGCAAACUCGCGGCGAAACUGGUGCCAAAAUGGACGAUGGUGCAGGAUAUCGAUCCGAUGUGGGUGUCGCGCGAUGAUGCGGUGGUUGAGGCGAUUCGGAAGGAUGGGCUGUUGUGCCACAAGACGGGCACGUUUGAGGCGUUGGCGGGCAUGUUGGAGCGUGGUGCGUGGCUGGAUGGCUUGCACAAGGAUGCCAAUGUUAUCAAUACUGCUGCGGAUGGGGUGCCGCCGCUGUUGGUCGCGCAUGGGACGAGUGAUAGGAUAACGUGGUUUGAUGCGACCAAGAGGUUGGUGGAGGCGGUGCAGGUCAAGGAUAAGACAUUCAACGAGUAUGAUGGCGGUUAUCACAAGUUGACCAACGAUAGUAAUGGCGUCGCCGAGCAGUUUACGGCGGAUGUGGUGGAGUGGUUGAAUGGGAAGAUUGCUUGA